ACUGUAUAUAUAUAUUAUGAGACAUAGAAAAAAAAAUAUACUUUAAUCUUUGUCUAUAAUAUUUACAUGACUUCAACAUUCAUUUGAAAAUCGCGAGCCAUAUAUUCAUCAUCAAUCCAGACAAAGGUAUUUGUCCGGUUUACAUUUUAAAACUUUCACAUGUACAAAGUUCAUAGUUCGAACAAUUCAUAGGGUAAUGGUGCAAUUUCGUUUUUUUUUUCCUUUCAAUUCUAUAAUUUUUAUUUCCUUAACUUUUACAUUUUCCCCAUCAUUUCUGAUUUUCUUUUAUUUUCUAUUCAAAUGUAAUUUAUAUAUUCCUUUUAUUUUGCUAGUCUGUGUUUCCAUUUUAAUUUUGUCCUGGUUGCUAUUAAGAAAAUUCUAUUUUAAUUUUGUGAAAGAAAGUAUACAUUGUCUUUCCUGGAUAUACCAUAAUUUUUCUAUUCUCUCAAUGAUUUUGUUUCAAAUUUUUUAUUCAGUAUUAUCCACAUGAUGUCAUUUACAAAACCACAUUUAUUAAAUUAAUUAUUAUUACAGAAUACUCUAAAAAAUGUGCUGUUUUUUCUUUUCUUAAUGUGAUAUCCUGAAGAAAAAAAAAAUAGUGACAACUGGUCUCCCCUCGAGUCUUUAGGGUCAAAGGUCAAGUCUUAUUCCUGCAAACUUGUCCAAAAUAAGCCUAAGCAAUAGGGAAAGUUUAAAAUCUUUCUCUCUUCUCCUUAUUCCUACAGAUACAUUGAACAAGAACAAGGAUAAGUAGAGGAGAGAACUCCAUCAAACAGAAUGACAGAUACGCCUUUAGACUCGAAUACUCAAAACAUGGAAGGGGCAGGUGUUAAGAAUGACGCUGGUGAGGCGGAUACGGCGGUGGAAACUGUCGGAGGAAGUGGUGACGAAGGGGGACGUGGAGAGACAAUUCCUGGCAAGAUAGGUGAUGAUAGGCGUACGGAGGAUGUGGAAGAGAAAGAAGAAGAAGAAGAAGAAGAAGAAGAAGAAGAAGAAGGCAAAGAGGACGGGCCAAAGGUGGCUGAAGAGUUCUACGAAGUUGAAGCUAUCCGUCAUAAGCGAGUUCACAAAGGUGAGGUGCAGUAUCUGAUCAAAUGGAAAGGAUGGCCUGAAACUGAUAACACCUGGGAGCCUCUAGAGAAUCUGCAGUCUCUUUCUGCUUCUAUAGAUGCAUUUGAAAAACGUUUGAAGAAGGCUGAUAAGAAGCGGAAGAGCCAGUAUGGAGGUUCUAAUUCUCAGUCGAAGAAGAAGCAGCAGAAACGGUUAACAUCCACAUCACAUGAUGCUUCUGAGAGAACCGAUCCGACACUCAACGAGUUAAAGGGACAAGUCACUAACAGUGACGGUUCGGGGAGUUCCCAAGAGGGAGAAGCAGCCAUUGGUUCUGAGGGUGAUAAUGCAAGAACAAAUGACCUUCUCAAGGGUAAGCGUAAGGAGAAGAGUGGUGUCAGAGGUGUUAAGCGGAGGAAGCCUAGUAUUGUGAAAAAAUACAUGAUACCAGAUGAAACCACCACAAGUAACAACCAGACAACAACAGCUACCGAUCAGAACGAGACACCAAACUUGGACAUCGUGAGGAUCAUCAAGCCAGUGGAGGUUAUUACUUCUAUAACAAACAAUGUACAAGACUCGUUGGUAACUUUCUCGGUGCAGAGGGCUGAUGGGGAGGAAGUAACGGUUGACAACAAGUUUCUCAGGGCUCAUAAUCAUCAUCUGCUGCUUGAUUUCUACGAGCAACAUAUCACAUACAAGUCCUAAAGCUAAGGAAAAUGUUUGGAAACAGUGGUGCUUGUAGGUAGACUGAGAUUAGAUCUGUAGAAUGGAGGUAGUGGAGAGCUGUUAUUCUUGGAGGUGUGAGAUUGUAUUCUUAUCUCCUCUGGUUCGUUGAUGAGUUCACUUUCAGUUAUAUCAAUGUCUCUUGGACUUUACAUUUUUCUGUUAUAGCAAAUCUUGGCUCUUGGA